CUACGAUAAGAUAAAGUGUUUUAGUAGUCGACCUUGCCAGGCACACUAGGCACCAAAACCCAUCGGUACGCAUCAACUUUGCUCCGGACGAAGGUCUCUCGCCCUUUUGUUCCCCGACAAGCGCCGCCUGCAGCCGAUUCGUAACUUGCGGCUGCAGCACAAAACAUCACAUGCGACCAGACAAGACUACGCAGAGCAUCCUCACUCUUGCAUGACCCUGUGCCUCUACCAUCCACCACUGUGAUCGAACAAGAAUAUCGACAUUGUCUUCGCCAUGGUUCUAGGUCGCCUGACACACUACGCUUUCGACGCCGUCCUCAUUUCUGCCUUUCUUGCUGGAGUCAAGAGGAGCACCGGCCUCACACCAUCCAGUGUCAAAGCCUCCUCCAUUGGCGAGAGCAAAGAGAUACAAACCUGGGUUGACCGAUAUCUCGGAGUCGGCGAAUGGGUUAUGGAUCAAUCGGUAGCCAUCAUGGGAAGCAGUGGCUGGUUUGAGCGAAGACGAUGAAAGGAAUGGGUAGCGCUUUACCACGCUUGCGAUUACAGAUUAAGAUAUAUCCGUUGCAUAACGAGGAGUUAUUGGAGGGUACGGAUGCGCGGCAGGCGUUGUGGUUGGGGUUUCCUUGCGACAUAACUCAGCUCUAAACUAUCUGUGAUUGACCAUGGCAUUCAUGCAGUCUGGAUGCGUGGUCGGGUAUCGGAAUCCGCUAAACAAAUAACAUAACAUGUCGCACUAUAUCACGCUUAGUCUUCGCAACGCUGUACAAAAGGCGGUCGUCGUGCCAUCUGCAGUGUGAUCAGCGUACUGAUACGGUCGGAGGAUAAAGCCAGUCUUUGCUCGCAUAUCAGUCCCGAUUACCGGGUCUGAAAG